AUGGACAACCCAGCUGAACUCCUAAACAAGGACAAGUCCACUCUCACCGACGUGGAGCUCCAAAAGCUCGAGGAGUACGAGUUCUCACAUGGCCCCCUGUCGCUGCUGCAGCGGGCAGUACAGAACCACACACAGGUGCUGAUAUCGUGCCGAAACAACAAAAAGCUGCUGGCCCGAGUCAAGGCGUUUGACCGGCACUCCAACAUGGUGCUGGAGAACGUGAAGGAGAUGUGGACGGAAAAAACGAAAACCGCCAGCGGCAAGCCCGGCAAGACCGUCACCAAGGAUCGGUUCAUCAGCAAAAUGUUUCUGCGAGGCGACACCGUCAUUCUCGUCGUUUCUGCAUGA